CGGGCCUGCGGGGCGGGCGCUCCGUUUCCGGGUCAGGCCCUCUCCCACGGGCGCCGGCUUUCUCUGCUCCAUGGCUGGCGGCGGCGGUGCGGGCGCGGCGGCCUCGGCCAACCUGAACGCGGUGAGGGAGACCAUGGACGUUCUGCUUGAGAUUUCAAGGAUUUUGAAUACCGGUUUAGAUAUGGAAACACUGUCUAUUUGUGUUCGGCUUUGUGAACAAGGAAUCAAUCCAGAGGCUUUGUCAUCCGUUAUUAAGGAGCUUCGAAAGGGGACUGAAGCGCUGAAGGCUGCUGAAAAUACAAGCUGACUUCCAGUGAAGCGCUGAGCUGAUAUAUCAAGCUCUGCAAGAAAAUUUGAAGAUUGCAGUGUAGUCAAGAUGUACAGUGAUAUUACUGCUUGCUGCAUAGAAAAUGUUUCCUUUUAAAAAGAAUUAUAAAACCAUGUCUGUAUAAGUCAGUGGGAAGUGGGUUAAGGCAGAACUAGCGGGCAUGUUUACAUCACAGCCAUCUCCGUUGUUAAUGGCCCCAAUUCCAUGGCAUUGCUGGGCUCUUAUUUAUGUAUUCCUUAUUUAUAGCUCUACUAGCUGUAAUUUUCUAAACAGUAUCUGUCAGAUGUACACAGCUGCUGUGCCUGGUUAGUGGAACACAUCAGAGGUGAUGAAUGGUAGUUAUGACUUGUUGACAUUUCCAUUAUAAGCCUUAAUUUUGAAUUGUUUAUGCAUAAUAGCUGACUAUGUUCCAUUGGGCUGGAAGUUGAUGGGAUUUCAACUGCCAUUUGUGAGUUUUGCCUUUUGUGUGUGUGUUUCACAUUUUUUUUUUUUUUAAGAAAAAAAAAAAAAGGUCAAAAAGCAUAUCUUCUAAUCAUCUCCUUAAUAGAAUAUUUAGUUUUUUAAGCAGGUUUUUUGGCAGUUAAAAGUAUAAAGAUCAAUUUUUGUACUGACUAAAAUUUAGAACUUUUAAAAACUUAGAUUUUAAAGGUAAAAUGCCAGGGCUUGGCUUAGCCUUAUUCAUAGUGAACUAUUUAAAUCUAGCUAGAGUAUUUGAGAAUGCUUUUCUUCCCAAAUUUUAUACCAAGUAAAGGCAUACAAAAUAAUGUAUAAAAUAAAAACAGCAAACGUGCAUAAAAAUAAUAGAAAUUCAUACUAAUUAAUCUUGACUGGCUAUUUAAUCAGUACAUAGGUGUGUAUUUCAACCCAUUGAUCCAUAAUAUUUUCUGAAGAAGUAGGGUUUGCCACUUGUUAAAAAAAAAACUAUUGAAAUGUGUACUAGUAAUUUUAAGUAUGACUUUGCAGAAAAAAUUUGUGUCAUUAUUUUAAAGCUUAAACUCAUGAAAAUGAUGGUUCAAAAAUAAAUUUUAAAAAAUUAUAAAGACAUUGGUUCUGUUCCUGUUAGAGAAUCCCAGUGGAAUAAUUUUAACAAACUUAAUGAGGAUUUAAUCUGAAUUUUUUGUUUCUUAACUUUUAACUUUAGUUCUGACAUUUAUAUGAUUACAAACAUUCAUUCUUCUGUAGCCUUUUUUAUAGUUCAGACAAUCGGAAGUGGUUUUUAAAAGAUUUAGUAAUUAAGUAGCUAGCCUCUCUACUGCCCUAAUCUCAACUCUUCCCUGCAAUCAGAAGACUGGGGCAGAGGAAUUAAUUGCAGGCUACCUUGGGCUGCAAGGGCAACAUAGCAAGACCGGACUUCAACGGACAAAAUCUGGAGUUGUAGCUAUUUUGACUUUUUAAAAGCAUUGCAUCUUUAUUAAGUAAAUUGAAAGGUCUGUUACAGGCAACUCUCCCAAGUUGGGAGAUAGUAAGUACUUGUAAGAAUCUGAUUGCUGAUAUGCAGAUACUGCAUAUCAAAAAGUUUUCUCAGACUCCACAAUUUGUAUUUACUUCUAGGACAUAGAGUUGAUAGUUUUAUUUAUGAUUUUGUAGAUUAUUUAUGUGUGAAACAAAGUAGGGAAAUAUAUUGACAAAGGAUUGUGUUUUUAGAAAAUAUAUUGUGUCUCAUGUUUAUAGAGAACUUUGUGUUACAUUUCCAAAUGUAAACAUAUAUUUUUAAUGAGCUCAUAAGUAAUAUUUAAGAAACCAGUGAUGAUAAUGGCAGUAUCAUGCAUGUUGUCAGUGACAAAAAUAAAAUGAUUUUGGUAUUGGCUU